GUGAGUCAAAACUUACACUCUUCAUCUGACUGAAAGCCUCAAAAGACAGGAAAUAAUACGCUCUUGUAUUUACAACUUCCGAUUCUUGAGUCGAUAUUAAUUAAUAUUAGCGGACAUUUAUGAUAUCCAAAAUGUCUAAUGCAGAGCCCCUCGCGCGUAUCAAAACUCGCAAGCCUUGGAAACAAAGGGUAGCAACCGCUAUCCUACAAGCCCACCGACAUUCUACUACGUUAGACACAGCCAGCCAUUCCAAGUCAAUACGGAUUGUCUGUCUAUCCGAUACGCACAAUAAACGCCCAACAGUACCGCUGGGCGAUGUUUUGAUUCAUGCUGGUGAUUUCACGGAAAACGGGUCGUAUGAUGAAGUCCGAAACGAGCUUGACUGGCUCUCCUCACUUCCCUACAGACACAGAAUACUGGUGGCAGGCAAUCACGAUGUGUUGUUAGAUGACGCUUUUCUCUCCAAAUAUCCUGAGCGGCGAUAUGGCGAAACCAAAAUGAGACAUGAUCUCAACUGGAUAUAUCUACAGGACACCAGCAUUACACUGGAAAUUAACACCCCUUCGGAAAUUAGUCGGAUUGAUCAACAGACUGACAAUGUACGAGAUGCUCGAAAAAUCACCAUCUUCGGCAGUCCAUGGACACCGCAGUAUGGUACGUCUGCUUUCCAAUAUCGACCCGACGAGGGCUACCAUUGGGCAAAUAUUCUCUCUUCUCUUGGUACUACUAUCCCGGACAUCAUCAUCACGCAUGGUCCGCCCCGCCUCCAUCUAGAUGGGAUUUCCACCGCGCCGGAUGUCCGUAUUUGGCAGAAGAGGUUCGUCGUCUGA